GUACAUGUUGUGGUUUAUACUGAAAUAUUUUCCCGGAAGUUGUGUAUCGUGUGUAGUUUGACACGGGGCACGGACUUACUCCUCUUUGCCACGUUUCACUAAAUGAUGUAAUCCCUCCUACGGGGUUUGACAGCUCGCUGUUGCGGCAACGACACACACUCAACCGGAGGGAGCGAAAGGGCCGGUUGGCUAGACGUUUACCCAUAUCCCCUGUUUGUUCGCCUUAGUUUUACAGCUGUAAAACGGGAUACGAGUCUGAUCUAUCCGUAAAAACAGGUUUCGUGGUUGGUGUUACCCCUGCCUCGGCUGACCAGUUGGCUAAUGUUAGCUGUUUCCUGGUGGAAGCUGCAGCCAUUUUGGAUUUUUGCUGAGGAAACAGCUAACCGGUUGUGGUUUGAGGAGCAGGACAAGCUAGCUCCAUUUUUUUACGAACGAACGCUGUUUAUCGGACAGAAAUAAAGAGACAGUUUACUUGAAGGGAUACACUAUUCAACAGGUCAACAAUGAAUCCCGAAUAUGACUAUUUAUUCAAGCUACUCCUGAUUGGUGACUCUGGUGUUGGAAAGUCCUGUCUUCUUCUCCGAUUUGCAGAUGACACAUACACAGAAAGUUACAUUAGCACUAUUGGUGUGGACUUCAAAAUACGAACCAUAGAAUUAGAUGGAAAGACCAUUAAGCUUCAGAUUUGGGAUACAGCAGGACAGGAGAGGUUUCGUACAAUCACGUCCAGCUACUACAGAGGCGCUCAUGGUAUCAUCGUAGUCUAUGAUGUCACAGACCAGGAGUCCUUCAAUAAUGUCAAACAGUGGCUACAGGAGAUUGAUCGCUACGCCAGUGAAAACGUCAACAAGCUAUUGGUCGGGAACAAGUGUGACCUGACAACAAAGAAAGUGGUGGAUUACACAACAGCAAAGGAGUUCGCAGAUUCUCUGGGAAUCCCAUUUUUGGAAACCAGUGCCAAGAACGCCACAAAUGUGGAGCAGGCCUUCAUGACCAUGGCUGCUGAAAUCAAGAAGAGGAUGGGCCCUGGGGCCACAGCUGGAGGAGGGGAGAAGCCCAACGUGAAGCUGACUCCAGGCACUACUGUCAAGACUCCAUCAGGAGGAUGCUGUUGAGAGAGGAACCACUUUCUUUCACCCCCCACCCCACCCCACCCCACCCCGACAUGAUUCGGUUGUAUGUGAGAACAAGAUGAAGUUGCCUGUAUUUGUACUGUAUAUAAUGUAGCCACACUACCAAAAACAAUAAAUGCAUCGUUGUUGUCAUACUGUCCUGUUAUUGACGACAAAUUCUACCAAUGGGUGAUCAUCUGCCUCGGCCCCAACUCCCCAUCAUCCUCCAUCUCAGACAUCUGAGGCUAUUAUUGGUCAUGUGCAUACAGGUUGAUGAGCGCGGUGUGGGUGUGUGUGUUUCUCUGCAUUCCUGUUGCUAAAUGAUUGAAGGUUUCUGUUUGUAUGGACUUUGUUUCUCUCUUCCUUCAGUGAUCAUUUGCAGUCUUUUACACGUCUGUCUGUUGCGAUUCAAAGGUGGGUUUUUGUUUUUUCAGUUUUCUGAACAACCUCUGCACAACUGUGUCUCCACUGUUGUGCAUCUAUAGUCUAGUGUAACAGUAUAUGUACAUAAACAUUAUGUAUAUAUCUGUAAAAUCUGAUUGGCUGGUUGUGUUUUGUUCCAACCAUUAUUGAAAUAGUCUUGAUUCUUUGUCUCUGCAUUCAAUUUAUGGCUGAAGACAACUGUAAGUUGGUUGCUCAAAAUGUAACACUUAAAUUGAAAAUAAAUAUUGUAUUACCAGACUGUAUGAAACAGGAGGAUGUGUCUGGGAUUUUCAGCGAGAUGUAGAAAACGUGCUUAUUUAUUUAACAGUUUGGCAUAUCUGCUGCCAGACACAGGGUCUGUGUGUAAUCACAAUACUGAGAUACAAUGUUUUCAUAAUAAAGGCAACUGGAUUCAGUUUGAAGCGAA